AUGCGCCGAGCUGAUCCGAUUGGGACCAACCAAAUUGGAACCCGAGCACUGUCCGCUGCGUUGGGGCUCGAGCCAGAAACUGAUUUCCGGUUUUGGGUCGUCCGGCGUGAGAACGACGCAGGUAUCGAUGCGGUUGCCAUGUGGACUUCGUUCGCGGGCAUCUUCUUGAGUCCGAGCUUUCGUCCGUCGGAUGCCGCGGAAUUUGGCCACCACUUGGCCCAACUCCUUCCCGACCCAUUGCCUCAAUCCAGUGGACGCAUAAUGUCCACGCAGUCGUUCAACGAAGGCUACUGCGCGGAGCGGUACCCCCCCUUAACCCCGCAGUGGAAGGAGACUUUGCUGGUCUACGUUCUUGACCAGUUGAAACCCCCCCAGCCAGUGGAGGGCUCACUUGUCACGGACGCGAACAACGAACUUCUGAUACCAUGGAUCGUCGAAUACUGCGAAGCGCUGCAGUACCCACAAGAAAUUGCCGAGCCAUACCACAAGCGGAGCAUGGAACGGCAGUCGUUAUAUGUGUGGCAAGUGAAUGGCCGAGUCGUAGGCUUUGCCGCACAUUAUCCGCCGGUGGUCACGGAAGGUGAAGCCAUUUUCCGAGUCGGCCCCGUGUUCGUCACGCCACAGGAGCGACGCAAGGGCUACGCCAGCGCCAUGACGGCGGAAUUAAGUCGUCAACUGAAAGUCGCGUACCAAACCUCGUCGCGAGUGAUGCUGUUUGCGAUGCCAACAACCCUGCAAGUCCACAGCCUGUCCGAGUUUGCCGCGUUGACGUCGGAGAUGCUGGAAGCUGAGCCCUUUGGCAUGAGCUUGCAGUUCGAUGACUUUUCCCCGGCUGCUUCGGCCAACCUGGCCACUCGAUAUUGGGUGAUGUCGCGGCCGGUCUCUGCCUUUGCAAUGGUGUCGCCCAAACGAAUCGCCAUGAGCCGUUCCAUCACACCCCUCGAAGCUCAAGCCCUCGGUAGCGUGCUGUCGGAAACAACUGCGAUGGCGCCGCAUAUUCAAGGUCCGUUAGCUGCGUUGAUUGCAUUUAUUCGAGGCUAUCGCGAACACUGGCCAACAACAUCCUUCGUCCCAACGGCUACAUUCCUCACCUAUGUUUUGGACAACUGCCCUGGCAUGCCCCCCCGAGUUAAAGGCACUUUGCGCGCGGCGAAUGCUACAUUGGACAAAGAGGUUCUCGAAGAAUGGAGUUCACUUGCCGCCCAACCGCUGCGGGGGGCUGUGGCGGACGUACAAGGCUUUGUGACAAGGGAAAUCGAACACCGAUCCUUGUACCUAUGGGAUGUGAAUGGAUACCCCGUCGGGUGUAUUGGCCACUCGUCACCUGUCCAAGUUUGCAAGAAACAUCGGUUAGUUGUGACGAUCAACGUCCUGCAUGUUGCGUCGCCAGAGCAAGAUGAAGACUAUGGCAUCGCCAUGUUGACAUCACUGUGCCAGCACCUCCAGGAAUCCAACAAUGCAACUGCAUGUCGGGUUGUCCUCAUGGUCAAUCAAGAUAACAUUAGUCCGACUGAGACCGAAGUGAUUGAAAACGCUGGGUUUGGCCUGCAGCAAGGCACCAUCAUCACUGCCGAUCUUGUACAUUCGGAGUAG